UUUUUCUAUAUACAGAACACACUUUCUUGUUCCUUUGUAUGUCUUAUAAUUUUCCCUUGAAAAUUGAACAUUUAAAAAAUAUAAUGUGACCAUUGACCAUUAUGCACACCAGAUUCCCCUCCUUCCCAGGGUUUGUUGUAGUUUGCAUUAGUUAUUAUUUGUUGUUGUUGCUGCUGCUGCUGCUGUUUAUUUAGCAGCUUUUCUGAAUUAAUUCAUUCUGCAAAGUCAGUAUUCUUUAUUAUGUGUGGUCACUGAAGUCUCUGCUUAGUUAGCUUAGUGGUCAGCUAAUGAAUAGACAGAGAUUUCCUAAAUGUCUUGAACCAGUAAGUCUCUCAAUCUUUGCCAACUUCCUCUCUGUGUGUACGCCUUCACUGGUCAAAUAGGCAGUUUACAACUCAGCCUUUGCCUACAUUUCUUACUUGUAUAGACCCUCAAGGUCAGCCAGAGAUAAGUGAUUAGGGCUUUCUCAGAUCUUUUCUGGGCAUGUGCAUAGCUCUGUACAUGCAGAUGACCUUUUAGAUCCCCAGGAAUGUGUCAGAGCUUUCCAAGGCCCCCAACCAACAUCUCAGUCCCAGUUUUUUCUUUUAAAUUUUGUGCUCAGCUCCUUGUUAGUCCCAGUUGCAACCACUGCUUCAGACAGCUGCAAUGUUAAAAACUUCCCACUGAUUAUUUUCAACAAAUACCCUAGCAAUAAGGCUGUUUGCAGAGAAAGUUCUGAAAGCCCUGAGAAUUCAGCUUUAUAGGCAAUUUGCAGACAGGUCAUAUAGGGACAAUUCUCUGGAAAUGAAGCUUUUUGGAGCACUCCAAGCCCAUUCUGUCCCCUCCCUAUUGGCUGCUAGUUUGCUGGUCUUCAUGGCUAUCAUAGUUGCAAGGCUGUUGGUUUCUAAUGCUACUUGAAGAGGUGGGGUAAGAGGGAUGGGAACAGGGCAAGUUAAAAUGCCUCGAUGCUCACUAUGUUUAAUGAGAUUCAGCCAUUUUUCUUAAACAAAUGCUCCUUGAAUUGUUGCAAGUCUUUGCUUAAUUUCUAGAGUUCUGAAAAAGUUGAUUUAGACUGUUUUUGCUCAUUGCUUUUCUGGAGGAGUAGGUUUUUCAGAGGUCCUCACUCCACCAUUCUGUAAGUGCUUCUCCUGAAAAAACAUUUAUAAAUAUCUCUUUGAUUCAAUUCUACAUUUUUCAUUUUCUUUCCACUCACACAGAAUACAUCUCUCCUCUUUUCUCCUUCAGUGAGUAAAUUAAAAUCAGAGAAGAAGUAUGAAAAAAACAUAUUUUCUGAUUUUUUUUCAGUAGUUUCCUUGUGCUACAGUAGUAUAGAGGAAAGUGUCAGGCAGAAGCAAGGUGAACCAAAGCUGUUUCUUUCCAAAGAAACAAAUACAAAUCCAGAAGGACAGUCUUUCUAGUUCUAUGAUAGUCGCUAAAUGAACUGGGACAGGAGACAUGUUCGAUUAAGGAGACUUGGAAAGGAUACGUAAUAUACCAUGAAGAAAAGUGCUUUAAUGCCUGAGUUUCCUGUAGCGAGAAGAGUGUAGUUCCUAAACAGGACAGGUAGGUGAUGAUUACUCAACUCUGAAUUUCACUUUGCCAGUAUUAACCCCUCCUCACAGCUUGCUUCAAAUGUCAGAUGCUGAGGUGAAUGAGAGGCAAAAUAAAACCACGAUCAGUACAUUCCCCUUCAUGAGCAAAACUGGAAUUCGCAAAGGGUCGUGGUGACAGAUACAAGGAGAUUCAUUCCUGGUGAUAUCUUGGGCCAAAUUCCAGAAGCCCGUUCAUCUUAGGGAGGAGUGGGCAGGAGAUUUGCAUGUAUGACCUCACCCAGAAGUUCCAGCCCCAGAGCAUAUAAACAGGUGAGUUGUAGCUCUUACCCAGUUUCAGGCCCAGUAGUUUCCAAACAGAUCAAGACCAUGGCAAUCCUCGGGUCCCUGCUGCUGCCACUGGGGCUGUUUCUGUGCCUUGGACUGCUGUGUUCUUCUGCCAGCUGCAUAAGUCACCAUGGCAACUGCAUGCUCUUCAAUAAGGUCAUUGUCGCCACUUACUCAGGAAUCCAUGCCAACCCAAACGUCUAUAAAAGCAAUACAGUCUACACAGUGUCAGUUCCUGUGAAUAAAAAUAUUACCUCUGUGAUCCUGCGAGCAAUAGACCAGGACAACUCACUCAUUGGCUCCUGGCAAAAAGCUGACAAGUAUUGCAGCAGCAGCGUCUUGUACCACAUGAAGAGCCAAUACAGCAAGCUCUUCGAGGCAAAAUGGGUAUCUCCUAGUUUCAUGAACAUAACUACAGUCGAGCUACAAGUCUUCACAGUCGAUUUGCACAACGUGGCUAGAGUUUCUUUUAAGAUACUGAGAAGAAAUGGGACAACCUCAGACUUGACCACCAAGAUCUCCACAAUCAAGCCAACCACAGCCACAACCCCAAUCCCAACCCACAAGCUAACCACAACCCCAACCCACAAACUAAACACAAGCUCGAUCCACAAACUAAACACAACCCCGACCCACAAACUAGCCACAACCCCGACCCACAAACCAGCCACAACCCCGACCCACAAACCAACCACAACCCCGACCCACAAACUAGCCACAACCCCGACCCACAAACUAACCACAACCCUGACUCACAAACUAGCCACAACCCCGACCCACAAACUAACCACAACCCUGACCCACAAACUAACCACAACCCCGACCCACAAACUAACCACAAUCCACAAAAUAACCACAACCCAUAAAUUAACCACAACCCAAACCACAGCCAAAAGCUUGGCCAACAGAGCCUUCCUCAGCCCCAUGAGAGAUGCCAUUCAGAUCCUGCUCGUCUUUCUCACCAGCAAACUCCUCUUCUAGAAGGAAGCUGGGGGAACAAUUGCUUCUGCCUCCACUGCAUCCUUCUAUGUUCAGUCCCAAGACAGGGCUCUGACCUCUGUGAAUGAAGACUCUGCGUUCUCAGGGUACAACUCUACUGCCACUGCUUCAGACCCAAACGGAGACCUGAGGGUCACUUAGUGGAGGGUAGCCAGUCUGCUCACUGCUGUUCAACUGGAUCUCUCAGGACACAAAUUAGGCUUUUUGUAACCUGGUCUGGGUGUAACUUGGAAUUCUGGCUCUUAAUUUAACAUGUUGACAGCCAAUUCCGCAGUCAGUCUAAACUUUUGUUUAGAUGCAACGCCAGUAGUAUUUGAAGGGAGAGAAAAUAAGAAUGUACCAUGUCUGAGUAGCCAAGGAUAGGGAAAGAUUAUGGUAUAAAGGCAUUAUUUUCUGUCAUACCAAAUACGCUAUGCUUCAAGCAAGAAUAAUGAAUGUGUUAAAUUCAAAUAUGUCUUUAAUGAGUGAUUAACUUAAAAUACAGAAAAUGUCAUCUAAUUUUAUUCAUUUAUGUGAGCAUUUAAAAAUCA